UUACAGUUUAAGAAACUGGUAUCAAGAAAGGGUGACAGAAACUAGGGAAAAACCUCACCACACCUGUUAGACCAGCCCCACCCUGAGUCCAGCACCACAUGGCCUCUGCCUGGUCUGAGGAGGAGACCUUUGUCUGCUCAGUAUGCCUGGAAACCCUGAAGGACCCAGCCACUCUACCCUGUGGACAUUCAUACUGCUUGGCUUGUAUCCAGAACCACUGGGACAAAAAAGACAGCAAGGGUGAGUACAGCUGCCCCCAGUGCAGGCAGGUCUUCAACCCUAGACCUUCCCUGGCAAAGAGCACAUUGCUAGUGGAGGCCAUGGAGAAACUGAGGACCAACAGCUUCAAGCAGAGCUCCUUCACAGCCCACUCCUCUGCCCCUCCGUCAAUGCCCAUCUACCUGGAUGUCUUACCAGAUACAGGGCUAGGACGCCAGGGUAGCAUAUACCCUCAGCUUCCCACUGUGGAGCCUAGGCCGUGCCCUCAACACAACCGACCCAUGAAUCUGUUUUGUCAUGAUGACAGAGAGUGUGUAUGUGAAGUGUGCUGUCAGCAUGGUCACAAGGGGCAUCGUGUGCUUAAACCACAGGAGGAGAGGAAGGAGAGGCAGAAAGAGAUUGUCCAGAUGCAGACAGAUGUACAAAAAAGAAUCCAGGACACUGAAAAGCAGCUCAAUCUGCUUCCACAUGUUGCUCGCCAACACAAGGCCUUGGUCCAAGCUCUAGAGCAAGAAAGCACAGACUUGUUCUCUGAGCUCGUCAAGAGUGUGAAUCAAACAGGAAUCCAGGUUGGGGAACUCCUCAGCACCCAUGAAACCACUUUAGGCAGCCAGGUAGAGGGGCAGAUCCACAGGCUGGAGCAGGAGGUGGUGCAGCUGCGCUGGAAGAGUGAAGAACUAAACAGACUGGCUCAAAUGGAGGACCAUAUCUGCUUCUUGAAGAAUUUCUUCACCAUGGAGCCGCUGGGUCAGGCUGGGGCCACAGGGGAGUUGAACCUGAGUGAGGAGAGUGCCGAAGUAACCUUCAUCCGCUCAGCCCUGAAAGAACUGCAAGAGGCCAUAAAAGAGCAAUGCAAAGCAAGCCUGGCCAAGAUCUGCACAUUAUUGAAUCAGGAUCCUGUGGCUCCAACAACCAAUGGCACAGAGCCAGCAGCAGCAGCAGGUGAUACUGCAGCUGUUAACAGUGAUCCGCCUAGUGCAAAAAACACAGUGUAUGAGAUGACGACAGAUCCCCCACCUUUGCCACCUCCACGACCUCAGAGUCACGGCUCUUCAUCCAAAUCUCAGUCUCAACGCCCUGCAAGUCUCCAUGCUUCAGCGCCCCCUCCACCUUACCUUCCUCCUCCUAAAGCACCUCCUCCAACUAAAUUGGGACUUGCUAAUCCAGACCCAAAGACCAGAGGAGAAAUGCUGAAAUUCCGCUUUGAACCCACCUUUGACCCUAACACGGUGUACCGCCAUGUGCUGCUGUCAGAUAGAGAUCACAAGGCCACAAUGAGAGCUGAGAACCUGAACCCACCGGACCACCCCGAGCGCUUUGAUUUCUGGAGACAAGUUCUCUGCAGAGAGCCCCUGGCUGGGAGCCCUUACUACUGGGAGGUGGAGUGGACAGGCCAGAAGAUCACUAUCGGUGUGGCCUACAAGGAAAUGGAGCGUAAGGGUUCUGAUGACAAAAGCCGCUUGGGCCACAAUGACCAGUCCUGGAGCUUGUACUGGUCCGGGACUGGCUUCUCCUUCUGGCACGAUGGCAAGGAGAAGCUCCUGGGCUCACCUAAAGCCAGGCGCAUUGGCAUCUAUCUAGACCAGCAUGCUGGGAUUCUGGCGUUUUUCCGCAUCGACCACAACCAAGCUGAUCUCAUCCACCGCUACCAGACCCAGUUCACUGGCCCGCUGUACCCAGGGUUGAGGUUCUGGGCAGGAGUAGGGGCAGAGGUGUCUGUAUGCCCACUAGAUUAAAUGUGACUUACUAAAUGGUUUUGAACAAGAAAACCUUCCUAAAGUCUUAAGGAUGUCUGGGUUUUCUUGUUUCAAAGUGUCCUAUCCUGUAUUACAGUGAUGAAAAUGUUCUAAAAUUAUCUUUGUAAUUAAAUAAAGUUAAUACACUAUA